UAGCCGGGAGGGAUAAUAAUAACAGAAAGUGAGUGAAAUGUCGGGUGACAGCACGUACGACUACUUCGGCGGAAUUGAAGGAGGUGCUACACAUUCAAAGAUGGUAUUAUUCCGUUCAGAUGGAAAAGUGAUGGCAUGGACAGAGGGUCCAUCUACAAAUCAAUGGCUUGUGGGACUGGAGGAAUGUCUUAAGAGAGUUUGUGAUAUGGUUCAAGAGGCAAAGAAAAUCGCAGGACUAGACCAGGAGAAACCUAUCAAGGCAUUGGGAUUAUCUAUGAGUGGAGCAGACCAGAAAGAAGCUCAACAACAAAUUAUAGAUGGCAUGAAAUCCAAAUAUGGCAAAGUGAGUGAGAAUGUGGCAGUUUCCAGUGAUACAAGUGGUGCCAUAGCAACAGCAACGGCAACAGGUGGAAUUGUACUGAUUGCGGGUACAGGAUCAAAUUGCCAGCUCAACAACCCUGACGGCAGUAGCUAUAGAUGUGGUGGAUGGGGGCACCUUUUGGGUGAUGAAGGAGGGGCAUACUGGAUUACACAGCGAGCUAUAAAGGCCUACUUUGAUCAUGUGGACAAUCUUCAUCCUCUACAAUGUGAUGUUACCUAUGUGGGAGACACUAUGCUGAAAUAUUUCAAGAUUGAGGAAAGAAACGGAAUUCUUCAAUACCUGUACACCAACUUUGACAAAUCGUUCAUUGCUGGGAUGUGUAAAGAGUUAGCAACAGGUGCCACUGAAAAGAAAGACAAACUCUGCCAGCAGGUGUUCCAUGACGCCGGACAGAUCCUGGCCAGACAUGUUCUCGCACUGGAGCCAAAGAUAGAUCAGAAACUGUUGGAGCAGGGUCUGAGUGUGGUGUGUGUUGGGUCAGUGUGGAAAAGCUGGGAUCUUAUGAAGUUAGGAUUUAUGGAGGAGAUGGAGAAAAGUACCAGUCACAGAAUCAGUCACCUCAGCCUUUGUGAACUAAAACAGUCAGCAGCCGUCGGUGCCGCUAGUAUAGGUGCUACAAGUAUUGGAAGGACACUGCCGCUUGACUAUGCCUCAAAUGCAUCUGUGUUCUUUACAACACAGCUGGGAAAGUGAUUGUGUUGGCUAUCUAGACUACAGCAGUAUACAAUUUUUUCACUAAACACUAUCAUCUGUCUAACGAAACUGUAAUUUUCCGUCAAGCAUAUCUCAGUGUGUUCCAUUAUGUAUUUAGUGUUAAUUUUUUAACCAAUAUCAACAUGCAGCUAUUUAAGCUUGAAUCAUAGAAAAAAUUAUUCCAAGCAAAGAAGAAUGAAGUAAAACAAUUGUCUCAUGCUGAAAUUUUUCCAAGAGUUUGUUAGACUUGCAGCAAUCUCCAAAAUGUUGUAAUUUUUACAUGUUUUUCAAAAUUUUAUCUUCUCUUCUAAAUUGUCAUAGAGGGUUUUCAUCAAUUGGUUCUUAUGUGGUGUGUUUGGGAUUAUAUGGGAUUUUCUUUUCAACGCUAUCUAACUCACAAUUACAUUUUCAAUAUUAAUUUCCAUUUUUAAAUUAUUUUAUGUAAAAUGCGAUAUGUAUUUUAUUAUUAUUGGGAAACAUUUCUUAACCUGCAUACAUUACUUGAACUCUCAUUCUAUGGUGCCUUAUCAAGUCAUUGCAGAAACUUCAGAUCUACAGAUAUAGAUGUAAUGGUGUAUGGUUAAGUACCACACAGUGAUACAUGUUUUCAGUGUGUUAAAAAAAAUGUCUGACUCAACAUUUGUCAUGGAACAAAAAACUUUGAAACCUUGGAGAAGAAAAACAAAACAUUUAAUACUGGAAUUCAUGAUCACUUUCCAAUCUAUUGUUCAUAAUUUGGAGAAUAGCUAUUUUUUAUGUUCAAAAUCUACGCAUUCACAUCGAUCUACGUAGGAUUAAUCCAAAUUGUUUACAGAUUUUAUUGACUUUUUGUAUCAGUCUGGUGUUGAUACCAGAUUGAUAUAAAAAAGUCAACAGAAAAAGUCCAUUAUAUCGAAUGACGCUUCGUUUAUAACAUUUUAAUCACUUUCAUUGUUAGUGAAGCUGGCUUCAUCAUAAAAUCUGACAUUCGUUGGUGAGACAAUACUUAGCGAUAGCCUUAACCAUUCAAUCCAACAACCAAUUGUGGAUGAACUCUGUAGCUAUCAAGUGGCAACUGCAUGACAACUUAACAUAUAUGGAGUUUAAACAUACACAACGAAAUGUAUGUAAACACAGUCUAUACUUAUUUGUUUCAUACUUUCUUGAUGGUAUUAUGUAAGUUUUGCUAAUAUUUUGGCUUCCUCCCCCAAAUAAUGUUCAGUUAGAAAUUUUAUUCUUUUUGUGAUAUUCUAUAUUUUUUUCACAAUUUCAAAAUCUUGAGAUAUUUUUUUCAUAAAUUUUUCGUAAGGAAUAAUAUUUAAUUAACCUAAACAACACUUACUGUUAUUGUUUGUCCCCAGCAAACAGUACAGGAACAAAGCAUGACUUCAACUGAGAUAUGUGUCACCAAUUUGAACAAUAAUUUUUAUUAUCAGCUGUUUUCAAUGUCUCUUCAAAUUGAACUUUAGCAUAUAGAUGAUGCUUCUGGCUUUGUCAUUGUUUUUAGUUAUAUAACAAAUACCAUAGCUUGUAGGCUAGAUUUAUUGAAUAAGCAUUUGAAAUUUAAAGGAAAACCAAUACCAGGUAAUGAAAACACAUUCGUAAACAAACAAAAGUAUACAUUUUACAGUCAAUGGGUGUUAGGGGCCAUAGCAUUGUAAACUUAAAAUUUACAAUUCUGCUUUUUAAAUGAUAAUUAAGUAAUGAAAAAAUCUCAUUAUCUCAUUGUAUCAUUUCUAGUUGUUAUAUGUGCAGUUAGUUUGAAAUAUUUGUAAUGGUUGG